UCAUUGUAGUUGAAUUUGUACCACUUGUCUCUUGCUCUCUAUAUAAAGCUCCUUCAUUUCCAUUCCAUUCCAUCCCAUUCCCUCUCAAAGUUUGGGCACCUCUGUCCUGAAACAUGAAGCACUUCUUAAGUGUCCUUGCUCUCAUCUUGAUCACAACAACAUCUACACAUGCAUCCACAACCCAAGUCUACUGGCAUAAAAUGCUACCCAACUCUCCCAUGCCCAGAGCCAUCAUGGAUCUCAUAUCCUCUGCUGCAGAUGAACUUGGUGAAGAGAAGACAGGGACAGCAGUAAACGUAGGUAAAGGUGGAGUCGUAGUGAACACUGGGAAAUCUGGAGGCAGUGGCACAAACGUCAACGUUGGUCAUGGUGGUGUUGGAGUGAACGUCAAGGGAAAAGGUAACACCCAAGUUGGAGUUGGGAAAGGAGGUGUGAAUGUGAACACUGGUCCCAAAGGAAAGCCAGUUGUGGUCAAGGUGCAUCCUGGUGGAAGCCCCUUCGAUUAUAAUUAUGCUGCUACUGAGACUCAAGUCCAUGAUGAUCCUCAUGUAGCACUUUUCUUCCUGGAAAAGGAUUUGAGCCCUGGUUCCAAAUUUGAUCUUCAGUUCACCAAGACGACCUCCGGGUCACCUUUUUUAUCUCGUUCACAAGCAAACACCAUUCCGUUCUCAUCAAACAAGCUGCCUGGGAUCCUAACUCGUUUUCAGGUAGAGCCAAACUCUAUUACGGCUGAGACCAUGAAGAAGACCCUAGUGGAGUGUGAAGAGCCGGCCAUGGACGGGGAGAGUAAGUUCUGUGCUACGUCAUUGGAAUCCAUGGUGGAGUUCAGCAUGAUGAGUUUGGGAACAAGAGACGUGCAGGCAAGCUCAACAACAGUGAAGGAGAAGAGUGGUGAUGUUGAGGUGAAAAAGACUUUUAGUGUUGCUCCUGCCGGUGUACGUGCGUUGGGCGGAGAGAAGCUGGUGGCAUGCCAUGCGCAGCCAUACCCUUACGCAGUGUUUUUCUGCCACGCAACGGGGAAGAGCAAGGCGUACAAGAUGGCGCUGGAAGGGAAUGAUGGGAUGAAAGUGGAAGCUGUGGCCGUGUGCCAUCUUGAUACGGCUAAGUGGAACUCGAAGCACUUGGCUUUCCAGGUGCUCAAGGUGAAGCCUGGGAGCGUCCCAGUUUGCCAUUUCCUGCCAGAGGACCAUGUUGUGUGGAGUGUUAGCAAGUAGGGUGGAAAAAGUUCAUUAUGUGAUGGUGUUUGCUGGUUUACAUAUAUAUAUAUAUAUAUAUAUUAUUUGCUGUAUUGUUGCAUGGAAUAAGAAUGUCUGUGUGUAUGUGCUUGUGAGACACUAGUCAUCUUGUUGUAUGUUAUAUUAUAUAGUAAUGGAAAUUAACUUUUCUUCAUUAUUA